AUGAUUUGCCGCCGUGGCAGGUCCCCGGCGGCCCUGGAAGAUGACGACCUGCUGGGGGAGAUCCUUCUCCGUCUACCUCCUAUGCCGUCCUCCCUCCCGCGCGCCUCCAUCGUCUGCAAGCGCUGGCAAGGUCUCGUCACCGACCAUGGAUUUCUCCGCCGCUUCCACGCGCACCAUCGGGAGCCGCCCCUCCUCGGCGCCUUCUUACAUCAUCCCGGUGAUAAGCUCAAGUUUACUCCUAUCCUGCCCGCUCCGGACCGCAUCCCUCCUCCGUACCUCGACAAAGGGGCCCGCUUGCUCAGUUGCCGCCAUGGCCGCUUCCUCAUCAUACACAGGGAGCACGUGGAUGUCUUCGUGUGCGACCACACCACCAGCAGCCAGCAUCGUUUGCUAAUUCCACCCGAGUUCAAGGGGCGUUACAUCAAUGGGGCGGUGCUAUGUGCUUCCCGCGAACGGGGCCACGUGCACCGCGAUUGCCACUCCACCCCCUUUAAGGUGGUCUUGCUGCUUGUGCAUGCUAAAAAUGGUCGACCUCUCACCUCUGUUUAUUCCUCUGAGACCGACACAUGGGCCGAUCUCAUCUCUACAGAUGUUCAGUAUCAUGGUUGUUUUGACGAUUAUUUUAGCACCCUUGUUGGUAAUGUACUUUACUGGUCGUUUAAGUAUGUGAUGAAGGCUAUACUUUGGUUUGAUUUGGAAAGGCAAAUCCUUGAUGUGCUCGAGGGGCCUCCUCAUAUGUAUCAUUCAGGCAACCAUCAGAUCAUCCAGGUAGAGGAUGGCGCAGUUGGUCUUGCCAUGAUGUCUCACCAUUACAACAACAUUCAAAUGUGGCAGAGGAAUGUGAAUUGCCACGGUGUAUCCACAUGGAUGUUGUGGAAGACCAUUGAGAUGCAUAACAUUCUUGGGAUCCCUCCUCAGGUCGAUGGACAGAAGACCUGGUGGAAGGGAAUUAAACUAGCCAGCGGGCCCUUUAGAUUUAGAACAUGGAUCUCUAUCAUCGUGCUGCACAGCUUGGUUACAUCAAAUUGCAUGCGUGAAUGCAGUGCAGACCCUGGAUGGGAUAUUAGCUUUCCAAACAACAUCCCAGAUGCUAUGGUCCUCCGCCUCAUUUGUGGAACUGGAGGUUGA